AUGUCUCAAAAUGCAAAUGCGAACUCAUCACCACAGUACCUGUUCGUUGGUGAUACUGCUUUAAAAGGCCGCACAGAUGGCAUCAGAUCGUCCAUGAUCCGGCGCGCCCUGAGCGACAGCCGUGCUCGAAGACGUCAGGAAGUCAACAAGGAAAUAGAUUCCAUGUUGAGACGAAGGGAUAGCGUUUUGUGUAACUGCCCUGCACCUCUCCCGGGUCCUGUCGAUCGUUGCCAUACUCCGAAUGCUCCACGACAAUCAACUGCUACCUACCGGCGAAUCCAGCCUAGGACACGGCAAGCCACCGUGACAGAGGCCCUGUCAGCACGGUGCCAGAGUUGCGGCGGGAUGCUUCCCGGGAUUAGCCCACCCAUGGCCUCAUUUCAAGCCGGCAAUCGCGAUCCAAUGCUCCCCUCGGAUCCAAACCUCCCUGGGAUUGAAGUGCAGGAUAUUUUGAACUUUGCUGGGACCCAGAUCUGGCCAAAUAUGCGGCCCCUGGACUACUCGUCUAACUGCUAUCGGGAGUGGGUGUUUCCAUGGGAGGACAAGCUCAAGAUCUAUAUUGUGCUCUGGUCUGCUUCAUAUCAUCGCGACAUGCUCCGCAUCACAAACGCCCCUAAUCAAGAAGUGGACUCGACGCCUCAGCUGCAGCUCAAAGCACUUGCCCUCCACCGCCUGCGCGAGGAGGUUGACAAUGUAGCGUUAGUGACUUCACCCGAUGGACUCGUCAUGAGCAUCCUCUUUCUGGCGGUCAAUGUGUCUCACAGAACAGGCCUUGGAGGGGAGUCUAGUCCGUUCUCCCCUCCCUUUACGGGGCUUCAUGCAUUGAACCAUUAUGGUAGCCGCAAAUACCACCCAGUGCACUGGGGCAUCCUGCAUAACAUCAUUCAACGAUUCGGUGGCGUUGGUAGCAUUAAAGCUUUUGCAGUUGCCUGGUUGCUCUCAAUUUCAGAUAUAAUGAACGCUGUCAACACCCUGCAGAUGCCGAUCUACCCUCCCUUGGGCGCACAUGGGCAAGUGCUCGACCUGAAGGCCCCGCUUGCUCUUUUCAAUAUUAGGGGCCUUGGGCUGCCUUCAAACUCGCCAGCUGGACUUGGCUUUCAGGCGCUUGCCUCCCUAUCUCCCCGUAUUAGGCAAGAGGUCAUCAAUGUCUUCACUAAUGUCGGGCAAUAUUCUUGCGUGGUGCAGUAUUACUCGAUCGAGACAUGUAGUCCUGCGAUCCUAGACUUGCUCGGUGAUAGCCGUAACCUUGUACACCACCGGCUGUUCUCUCUCUUGGAUGAGAAUGCUGAUUUGAGCCAAGUGCUUGAAUCGCAUGGCCCGAGCGCAGAAGAAGAUAGUGACCUGUCUCAAGAACUCUACCUCUUCUGUCGCUCAAGCGUGAUUCUAUACGCGGUUCACGUGUCCUAUCCCAUCCCUCGCCCUCAAGGCCUGCGGACUCGAAUUCUCGCAACCCUCCGUCCCAGACUCGACAGGCUGAUGGCGACUAGCCACGGCGCGCUGGAGCCAUUGCUGCUUUGGUCCUUGGUUGUUAUAGUCAUCAGCUCGGGGGACAUCGCGCCUGUUCAGUUGCUGAAAUACGUGGGCCAACUCUGUUCCAAGCUCAAGGUGGACUCAAAGGAGAAGCUUCUGAGGAUUCUUCGCUCCUUCGCCUGGGUUGAGUCGGCUGUUCCGGAUACGGCGCCUUUUUGGGUUGUUUCGGCGAGUUGUUUUUUUAGGGCGGCAAGGACGAAUCGUGCCUUGAGGCAAGGCGAUCUAUAGUGGGUAAUAAUACGAGCAUAAAUUUCAAUCUUCAGGGCAG